UGUACGGAGUAGAGGCACGUGAUUAACUGAAUGGAUACUCUUUAUUAAGUGGAUAAAUAAAUCAAUGUAACACGUGUAUAGAUUGAAUUAAAAUUACAUCAUUUUGAUGGCUCCAAUGGGAAAACAAUCAUUACGUGGCAAGAAGAGAAAAUUCCAUGCACAAAACCGACCAAAGUCAAAAAAAGAAAAAUUUGACCUCAGAACAACCUCUUAUAUUCAAGAACGUAAGGUAAAGAAUAAAGAGAUUGAAGCUCGUAGACGAAUAGUAGAGAAAGAGACGACACGCAGACGACUUGCAGAAAUUGAAAGUUCUGAAGAAGAAGAAGAAGUUGAUUCUUGGUUGCUAUAUCUAUCUAAAUUAUCUGGUUAUAAACAUAAAAAUUUAAUUGAUAAAUUAAGAAAGCCAAUUGUGACCAGUUCAGAAAGUGAAGAUGAAGAUUCAAAUACACGGGAUAAGAAUGAAACAAACAAAACAGAAAAGAAAAAGAAAAAAUUGAAAAAAUUGGAAAAGAGGAAGAUUGAAGAAGAAAAGAGUGAAGAAUCUGAAGCAAAUGAAGAAUCUGUAGCAAAUGAAGAAUUAUCUGAUCAAGAUGAAAUGAUUACAAUUAACAUGAAAGAAGAUGAUUAUGAAGAUGAUGAGACUGCACAAGAGGAUGCUGGUCACUUGAGAGAUCCAUUUUCUUUACAUUUACGCAAUGAUAUGGAUGAUGAAUUGUAUAAAGCAGUUUCUUCGACACCACAGGUUACAGAGGCUACAACAUUAUCAUGGCCCAUUCUUGGAAAUCUGGUAUGUCAAAUUCCAAAACCUCCUGUUGAUCCAAAUAACAAGCCACUAAAAAUCAAAAAGCUUCUAGAUGACGAAAAACAAUAUACAAAUUAUGGUAAAGUUCCAAGUCUGAUUGAAAAUAUUGAUUGGAACAAAUUAUAUGUAAAAUCACAAAUUCAGAAUAAUUUAAUCAAAGCAAACUACAAUAAUAUAAAAAAUACUAUAGAAAAGGAUUCUGUACCUUUGACUCCUCUUCAAAGAGAAUUGUUUUCAGUGAUAAAUAAUUAUCAAGAUUUACAUUAUCCUGAAAGAACAUUUUCGAAUUCCGAUGAAAUACGAUUUGUCUACUGUCUGCAUGUAAUUAAUCAUGUGUUAAAGACUCGAACGAAAAUAUUACAUCAUAGUGCAAAAUUAGCAAAAUCUAAUUGCAGUGGCAUGGGAGAAGUUCCAGACGAAUACAAGGAUCAAGGUUUAGUAAGGCCCAAAGUACUCAUAAUAGUACCGUUCAAACAUUCUUGUUUGAAAAUAGUUGAAAUGUUUAUCUCAAUUUUAUUUGGAGAAGACAAAGGUGGCUCUGUCAUCAACAAGCUACGAUUCAUGGAGGAUUUUACUGGAAAUGAAUUAGCAAUGCCUAAGAAAAAUCCUAAACCAGAAGAUUAUAAAUUAAACUUACAAGGAAAUAUUGAUGACAAAUUCAAAAUAGGUAUGGCAAUUACUAAGAAAACUCUCAAAUUAUAUACAAAUUUUUACUCUUCUGAUAUUAUAAUUGGCUCACCAUUGGGUCUUAGGAGAGUGGUAGGUGCAGAGGGCGAAACGGUGAGAGAUUAUGACUUUCUGUCUUCUAUAGAAUUGCUGAUCAUGGAUCAGAUUGAUUUAGUUCUUAUGCAGAACUGGGAUCAUCUAUAUCAAGUAUUGGAUUACAUGCAUUUACAGCCCAAGAAGUCCCAUGAUAUUGAUUAUUCUCGUCUUAGAAGUUGGUGCGUGAAUGGCUGGACGAAGUACUACAGACAGACAUUGAUCUUCUCUAGCAUCGAGACACCGUACAUAAACACACUGCUUAUUAAAAAAUGUUCCAAUUAUGCUGGUCAGGUGAAAGUGGCGAAUGCAUUGGAGCCGGGCUCAAUUCACAAGGUGAAAAUCAAAGUUCCACAAGUGUUUUAUAGAUUCGACGCUUCUGAUCUUUGUCAGGCUAUCGAUAGCAGAUUGGAUUUUUUCCUAAAAGAAAUACUACCACGAUACACGGAUCCUAUAUAUAAUCAUACGUUAAUCUACAUACCGUGCUAUUUCGAUUUUGUAUAUUUACGGAACCGCAUGAUGAAGGAAAAGAUGAGUUUCGCAAUGAUCAGCGAAUACACCGAAGAUCGGAAAGUCGCUCGAGCAAGAGAUAUGUUCUUUCAUAGUGACGCACAUUUCCUCCUCUACACGGAACGCUGGCAUUUUUGGCGCAGAACGAGGGUAAAGGGUAUCCGCCACCUUAUAUUUUAUCAGCUGCCUACUUAUCCACAUUUCUAUAGCGAAAUGUGUAAUCUGAUGGACAAUUUGUAUCAGAAUCCACGUGCCGGUUCGGAAUAUAAUAUGUCGAUAACGGUUAUUUACAAUAAAUUCGACGCCAUUACACUUGCACAAAUUGUAGGUCAGAAUAGAGCCACUAAAAUGAUAGAAUCGGAAUCUAAAGUACACACGAUUAAAUGUUGAGAUGUCGGAUACUUUUUCUAUUUGUGUGACGCAAAA